UCCGCGCGCUUCUUCCGGGUGGGCUCGGGCGGGGGCCAAGGCCAUGGCUUUCUGGCCGCUGCUCAACUCUGGGAUGCUGGUGCGGACUGGGCACACCGUGCUGACCUGGGGAAUCACUCUGGUGCUCUUCCUGCACGACACCGAGCUACGCCAAUGGGAAGAGCAAGGGGAGCUGUUCCUGCCCCUCACUUUCCUGCUCCUGGUGCUGAGCUCCCUGCUGCUUUAUCUGGCUGUGUCACUCAUGGACCCCGGCUAUGUGACUACUCAGCCCCAGCCUCAGGAGGAGCCCAAGGAGGAAGAGACAGCAAUGGUUCCUCAGGCUCUCCCACUCCAGCGCUGCAGAUACUGCCUGGUGCUGCAGCCCCUACGUGCCCGACACUGUCGUCAGUGCCGCCGAUGUGUUCGCCGCUAUGAUCACCACUGUCCCUGGAUGGAGAACUGUGUGGGUGAACGCAAUCACCCGCUCUUUGUGGCCUACCUGGCACUGCAGCUGGUGGUCCUGCUAUGGGGCCUGUGCCUAGCAUGGUCUGGUCUCCAGUUCUUCCAGCCCUGGGGGUUGUGGCUCCGGUCUACAGGGCUCCUGCUCACCACCUUCCUGCUGCUUUCCUUCCUCUCGUUAGUGGUUGGCCUGCUCCUGGCCUCUCACCUCUACCUGGUAGCCAGGAACACUACCACCUGGGAGUUCAUAUCCUCACACCGAAUUGCCUACCUCCGCCAGCGCACCAGCAACCCCUUUGACCGAGGUCCAACUCGAAACCUGGCCCACUUUUUCUGCGGCUGCCCCUCUGGGCCCUGGGAGACCCUCUUGGCUGAGGACGAGGACGAAGGCAGCAGCCAGGUUGUUUAGGGCUGCUGGAGAGAAGGCUGCUAUUGUGCCUAAAACCGGAGGCUGUGCCAGCCCAGGAAGCCAAAGACCUGUACUCCUUCCUAGGGCUUCCAGCCUGCAGCAGAGAAGCAGACAGAACCCCCCUGCCACCCCUAAAGGAAGACUUAGAAGAAAGGAAAUAAGUUGGGGGAGGUGUGUUCAAAAGAGAACCUAGACACCACCACAGCCCCGGCCUGGCUGCCUCGAGUGUACAGUUUUAUUAAUUUACUCUCUAUGUAAAGUCAAGUAUUAAAAAGGGAAGCCAACCAUA